AUGCUUCGUCGCUCGCUCCAAUCCAAGACCCUCGUCACUCGCGGUCGUCAUGCGGUGCAGGCUUCCUUUGCUCGCGCUCUCAGUUCCUCUGCAACAUCGGCUGAAUACGACUAUGUCAUCGUCGGCGGUGGCUCUGCUGGUUGCGUUCUCGCCAACCGCCUAAGCGCUGAUCCGACCAACAAGGUGCUGCUCGUGGAAUCUGGACCCAGCGAUGUGGGUAAAUGGGACUCAGUUCGCAUACACAUGCCUGCUGCACUGGCUUACAACCUUGCGGACGACCGGUACAACUGGGACUACUACACUGAGCCCCAGAAGAACUUGGAUGGUCGCCGUAUCCCGUGGCCUCGAGGACGUGUACUUGGAGGUUCGUCCUCUAUCAAUGCGAUGGUCUACAACCGUGGACACGCCUUCGACUUCGACGAUUGGGAGAAGAGUGGUGCCAAGGGCUGGAGCUACGCGGACUGCCUGCCGUACUUCAAGAAAUCAACGACCCACGAUCUUGGAGAGGACGAUUACCGUGGUGGUAACGGUCCAAUACGUGUGACGAGGAAGACGCAGGACAAAGCGCAGCCUCUUUUCCAAGCGUUCAUUGAUGCCGGUGUCCAAGCCGGAUAUCCAGAAGCAGAGGACAUGAAUGGAUACCAGCAAGAAGGACUCGGCUGGAUGGACAUGACGAUCCACAAGGGUAAGCGGUGGAGUGCUGCUGCUGGUUACCUACACCCGGCAAUGGAUCGCAAGAACUUGACUGUGAUCACCGAUACGUUCGUGAAUAAGGUCAUUUUCGAAGGCAAAAAGGCUGUGGGUAUCGAAGUCGAGGACAACAAGUCCAAGACCGUCUCACAGAUCCGAACGGCAAAGGAGAUCGUCCUCUCGAGUGGAGCAAUCAACACUCCGCAGCUGCUCAUGUUGUCUGGUGUUGGUGACGCAGAGCACUUGAAGGAAAUGAACAUCCCUCUCGUUCACCAUCUUCCAGCAAUCGGCAAGAACAUGGAGGACCACCUUGGCACGUAUCUCCACUUCGAGUGCAAAAAGCCCAUCACUCUGUACAACGCGACGUGGCGCUUCCCUCAUAAGAUGGUCGCGAUCGCUCUCGAAUGGCUGACGUCGCAAACCGGCCCCGGAUCCUCUUCACAAAUUGAAGCUGGUGGCUUCAUUCGAACGGCUCCUGGUAAAACCCACCCGGAUCUGCAGUAUCACUUCUUGCCGGGAUCUAUCGAUGAGGGACUUCACGUUCGUGCUGGUCACGUUAUGACUGGCCACUGCUCGACGAUGCGAGCAACUAGCCGUGGUUACAUCAAACUCCGCAGCAAGAAUCCGCGCCAACACCCGAUCAUGGAGCCGAACUACCUCGACACACACGAGGACAUUGUGGACAUCCGCAACGGUGUUAAACUCACUCGCGAAAUCUUCAAGCAGAAGGCCUUUGACGAGUUCCGUGGUGACGCAUUGUCACCUUCGGACAGUGCCCAGACAGACGAAGAGAUCGACGCUUGGGUGCGGCAAAACGCUGGUACAGUCUACCACCCGUCGUGUACUGCUCGCAUGGGCGAGGGCGAAAACACUGCGGUUGACUCUGAGACUCGCGUACACGGCAUGGAAGGCCUACGUAUCGUGGACGCGUCUAUCAUGCCCAACAUUGUUAGUGGAAACCUCAAUGGACCGGUGAUCAUGAUGGCGGAGAAGGCUGCCGACAUUAUCCUGGGCAACCCUGCACUACCCAAGUCGACUGCACCUGUCUACCAGGCAAAGAACUGGGAGACUAACCAACGUUAA